CAGCCAAUCGCCUUCUGCUCCGCUCCGCUCCUUUCAGCACGUCUUUUGAGCCACUGCUUUGAGGUGACAGCAUGAGUUCCCAGGGCGCAACGCUGCAGAACUACAACAACGAGCUGGUGAAGUCCGUGGAGGAUCUUCGGGAGAAGCGUGAGGAGCUGAAUCGACAGAUCCUGAAGGAAGAGGAGGACAAAGCCAAAAUCCAGAAGGAGUUGUCCAUCCUCACAGACCGCCUGCAGAAGAUCAACGAGAGCUUGGUGCGCAAGACGCAGGCAAGGAACGAGUACGACAAGACCAUCCAGGAGACUGAGGCUGCCUACAUGAAAAUCCUGGAGUCAUCCCAGACACUGCUGCACGUGCUGAAGCGGGAGACCGUGAACCUCACCAAGAAGAAAGGCGAUCCGUGAGGUGAAGCCUUGGCCGAGUUUUCUCCAGAAAAGCUGGACGAUGCCGGCCGGCGAGGGCGAAGAGCCUUCGUUGGUGGAGGGGAAUGUGGAGAGGCGUGCUAUGUGUCCAGGGGUCCGCAUUGCCCAGUGGCUCGCCGCUCUUCGCUUCCACUCCGCUAGCACUUCACUUGCACGCUUGGACCGGCUGACGCCGCGCCCGGCCUGACAGGAGUGGUGAUGGAUUGUUUUGUUGCCUACUUCUGCGGGCCUCCAUUCGAUCUGAACAUUGCUGCUGGCAAAGCCAAAACAAGCGGCGAGGCUCCAGCGCAGGUGGCAGGGACACAUUGAACGAGGCAUCCUUUGCUUGGCCAGUUGGCCAGUUGUAAUUUUUCCAAGGUCCAAGGCUGGUUCCUUUGCAUGUGCGGGCAAUGGAAGGGCGAUCCAAAUCCUGGCCUACAAAUUGGGGCCCUAGUGAUCCUGGCCUGACUAUGAGGGUCUAUGGGGAGGGGGGGAAAACGGAU